AUGUCUGGAGGACAGGAUAAAUUUACAACGCGUGAAAUAAUCAAUCUUUUGGAUCAAAAUUAUGGCAUUCCUUUCGAUGGGGAGGGUUCAGACAUUUCGUCUGAACACUCUGAGCCAGAUAUUGAUGCUGAACAAGUUGAUUUCCAUAGUAAAUUGCCUGAAAUAGGUGAACAUACUGAGUUUCUUGACAACCUUCAUGCUGGAGAUUGUUGA